UUGAAAUAUCCUCAAUGAAGGUUGUGGCUUUGAAAGGGCUUGGGACACCGAUCUCCAGUCAGUUCAUUUCAAAGUACAACGCUACGCAUUUAGCUAACGACGUAUGAGGAUAAACACAGACGACUAGGCUUAGCAAGCGUACAAAGAGUUGAUCUGUACAAGGUAUUGUAAUGGUUCACAUGUUCACAAGAAUGAUUGCUACCCCCACAAGUCAUUUUAAGCUACCUAAAUGGGCAAUUGUCGUUGUUGACGCUGUAUGUGGCAGCGGCGCUCCGCGGCUUUAACGCAGCUCGGAGCAAAGAUCCAGACCAGACGUCCAUCAUAAUCCGCAGUGUCAACAUCUCCAGUCAACUCCUGGCGGUGGAGGUUACUCUGUAAGCCAGUCUGCUUUCUAUGCGCUAUGCAAGCGAACACAACGCGGGGCUUCUUGUGGUCGGACGUAGAAACGAGGACCUUGUUAAACAUCUGGGGCGAACAGGACAUCCAGGCGGCGUUGGAUGGAAACUUCCGAAACAGCUUCGUCUACCGCGACGUUUCCCGGAGGCUGGGGGCCAUGGGGUUUGAAAGGACGCCGGAACAAUGCAGGGUGCGGAUCAAAAGCCUCAAGAGACAGUACUUAUUGGCAAAGGAAGGUAAUCUGCGGAACAACGGGCAGUAUCACAAGAUUUGUAAGUUUUAUGACACCAUGGAGAGGAUUUUGAGCAACCGGCCUGCACUUGACCCUCAGGAGUUGAUAGAGAGCGGAGUGGGAGGAGAGGAGGCCGUGGAUGGCCUGGACGAGGAUGGAGAAGAUGUUCAGGAUGCGUACUCGGAGAACACAGGGGAGUGUCCUUAUCCUGCAGAGACUGAAGUGAAGUUGGAAUACCCAACUGUUCCCAUCCCCAUUCCAGUUAAAGUGACAGUGGGCAAUAACAGUACUUCAGUAAGGCCACAUAACAGCAGCCAGUCGACCAGUAAUUUGUCAGCCAGAACGCCUAAACGCCCAAGGAAGCGGCGUGCGAACUUCCCCAUGGAGAAGCUAAUGGAGCAGUUCCUGGAGCAGAGCGCCCAGGCUGAGGACAACUUCUACCGCAUGGAGGAGCAGCGCUUGCAAUCAGAAGACCGCCGCAGAGAAGCCGAACACACCAGGGAGCUGCACAUGCUUCAGAUGCUCGGCCAGAUGUUCUCCAACAUCUCUUCCGCAAGACCCGGCUCCGCAGCCACUCCCUCCAAAACGGCUCCUCCCGUCCGAACUCCUGUGUUCUCCAGUGCCUCCUCGUCAUGUGCACGUGGCCAGUCCAGUCAUGUCAGACGCCCCUCACCACAGAAAGACUGUUUCGCCCAACAAAGUCAGCUGUUGAACCCAGAUCCCCAGGCAUUAGUAUUUGAACGCUACUACAGUUUGGGGUCUGCAUCACACAGAAGCAUGGAUGAUGACAUCGUCUCACUAAUAAAGACCAUAGUCCCUCCGCUGACAUCCAAAAAGCACAAGGGGCAAGAUGGACGUAUUGGGAUCAUUGGAGGAUGCCAAGACUAUACUGGAGCUCCAUACUUUGCUGCCAUCUCAGCACUGAAAGUGGGGGCUGACUUGUCUCAUGUGUUCUGCACCAAAGACGCUGCAUCUGUAAUCAAAUCAUACAGCCCGGAGCUCAUUGUUCAUCCUGUUCUGGACAGUCCUAAUGCGGUGGAAGAGAUAGAAAAAUGGCUCCCAAGACUGCACAGCCUUGUGGUGGGACCAGGUCUAGGGAGAGAAGACUUGUUACUGAAAACAGCUAAGGAAGUGAUAGAGAGGUCUAAAGCAAGAGAUAUCCCUAUAGUCAUUGAUGCAGAUGGAUUAUGGUUGGUUACACAGCAACCAUCUGUCAUUCAAGGGUACCAGAAGGGCAUCCUUACACCUAAUUUCAUGGAAUUCACUCGACUGUAUGAGUCACUGCACCAUGAGCCCAUGGACAGCAGUGAUCAUCAACGCAAUGUCAUGCAGCUCAGUGUAGCCAUGGGAAACCUCACUCUGGUGCUAAAAGGAGAACAGGAUCUCAUUACAGACGGUAGUAAGGCGAUAUCAUGCAGUAUUGAGGGCAGUGGGAGAAGAUGUGGUGGACAGGGCGAUCUUCUGUCUGGAUCCCUGGGAGUUUUGGCACACUGGGCCCAUGCUGCCUCUGCAGCUGGAAUGUUCAGAAGUGUGAAUCCAUCAGUGGUCGCAGCAUUUGGGGCCUGUUCUCUUACAAGACAGUGCAACAGUCAAGCAUUUCAGCAACAUGGCAGGUCCACCACCACAUCAGACAUGAUCCAGGAGAUUGGGUCGGCCUUCAAAAAGUUAUUUGAAAGCUGAAAAGUCCAACUGACAUAGAAAAAUCUAUAUUGUUUUAAAAUCUAUACCUACAUACUCAAAUGUGCAUUUUUAACUGUUAAUAUAACAUGAGUGGGCUAGUAAAUGUUCUCAUCAAGGUGAAUUUGAAUGAAGGGUAGAGAGGUGUGGACUGUCUCUUCAAAGAUGGCACACACAUUUGGUGCACUUACUUGUUGUUUGAGGUGUAUUAAACAAACUCUAUAAGAAAACCAACAAACAUGUCUUCCAUCUCUGAAGCAGUAUUGUGAAUGCAUUCAGCACAAAUGUUGAGGUAGCAAAAAUUUCACAAUCCACCAUAGAGACAGAGACCCCAAGUCAAAUGGAGCCUCAGUAAACCAAAAGGCUGUUUGAAUUUUGCAAUAAAUAAUGAACAAUG